GAGAGAGAGAGAGAGAGACAUUGUGGCUUCUGUGCGGUGGCCGCUGCCCUCUCUGCCUCCAACCUUACAAGCUUCGAUUCUUCUGUUUCAUUGCCGAAUUGCUUCCUGCGUUGCCGACAAACACCGUCGAGCUUUUUCUCUGGAUCUUAUCGGCGGUUGUCGUUGCAGGAAGGAGCGAAAAAUCGACAACUAGGAGUGCGUAUCGAGCAUACAUGCGGUGAUUCUGAUGGCAGCGCCGCCGGUGAAAUCGCAGCCAUUGCACAACUUCUCUUUGCCCCAACUUAGAUGGGCGCACAAGAAUUCCUCCGUCGCUGGGUCCACUAGUUCCCACCCACACCGUUUCCGCCGCCGCGAUUCCCCUGAUCAACACCAAACCGGCGAGCCUGGGGCUGAGGACGCACCCGCCGAUCCCAAUCGCAAACCACCUGACGCGGCGGAGGAGGAGAAUGGAGAGACCAAGCCGUGGAACUUGCGUCCGAGGAAGGAGGUUCUCAAAGCGGCGGGCGCCGCCGCUGCGGCGACGACUUCGAGAAGAGAAGCGUGCGGCGACUCGAACGGCAACAAAGCGAAUCUUAAUUGCAACGCGCUGAGAUCACAGCGGCUGAAGGAUAUGGUCGAAGGCGGGCAGCGGAGCGGCGGAUUUGAGAGGAAGGGUAAGAGGAAGGUCUGGAUUUCUCUGUCGAGGGAAGAAAUCGAAGAAGACGUUUAUGCCCUGACCGGCGGCAAGCCCGCUCGGAGGCCGAGAAAAUGGCCUAAGAAUGUCCAGAAACAGCUCGACUGUGUGUUUCCUGGAUUAUACAUGGUGGGCGUUGCUGCUGAUUCCUAUCGAGCUAUGAUGCUCUGAGGGGGAUGUCUCCAUGGGUGCAGAAAAGCUGAAUCGAGGUGAUGAUUAUAAUGAUAGAUUGAUGAUAGGUACAUGCGAUUCUUAGUUUUGAUGCUUAAUUAGCUCUUGUGGUAUUAUCUUGGCGACUCUUAGAUCUUGCAAAACUUUGUGCUUAUAAUAUAUAUAUAUAUAUAUGGUUGAAAGCUUAUGAUGUAAAGCUGUGGAUGAUUAUUGUUGGCAUGCAAUGUGAGUGAUUAUCCGAUAAAAUAAAGAACCUAUUGUGGUGUUGCAACGUGAUUAUAUACAAUGUGGGUGCGAUUAAGGUAUGAAAGAUGAAUCCUUCUUGA